AAUGAAAAAUUGAAAAAACGUAGUGGUAUUGUGUUCUUGGUGGGUGCGAACGAAAUCGAGGGCUUUUCCUCUCUCCAAAUAUUCUCUCUAUCUGGUAGCCUGCAAGAUUGAUAACAUGGAUCGCAGAGUUUAAUUGUUGAAUUGAGGCUUUUAGGUACGUUUUCCUUGAUUUCUGGUUAUUGGAUUGCGUGCGUUUCAGAAUUCCCAGAUCUUGUUUUCUCUUUCGGUUUUUGCUACUUGUACUCGAGUUUUAGCUUUUAAGGUUGCAGUAGCUUCGAGGAUUUUCGCUUUGGAUCUCGAGGUUUAGCUCUGAGCUUGAGGUUAGGAAUUGGGCGAGGUGAAGAAAUCUGCGAUUAAUUGAGCGUGUUUUGGUGGGAUCAAGGGGAAUCGGUGAAGGGUUAGGGUUUUUGGUGAUGGCUUCGAAUCCUCCAUUUCACAUGGAGGAUCAGACGGAUGAGGAUUUCUUUGACAAACUGGUUGAGGAUGAUAUAGAGCCUAUUGUUAAGUCUGGCCAUGACGACGACGAAGGGAAUGAUUGGGAUGAAGCUAAAGCAUUUGCAAAUCUGGGAAUCAGUGAUGUUGAUGCUGCUGCAUUUGAGAAUUCUGAUGCUGGCGAGAGUGGGGUUGAAGUCAAAGGGGAAUUGGGUGCUGUGGAAUCCGAUCUGGGAGUUGAACAAGAGGGGAAUUCGUUGCCAUCCUCUAGUUCAGUUGGAUUUGAUAGUAAAGUGGAUCCCAGUGAUGAUGGGACUGUGGUGGGAUCGGAAUUCACGUCCACUUCAGCAGCAGUCACGAACGAUAAAGUCGGCAGUUCUGGGGUUAAGAUGGUGGGUUGGAAUUCUUUUCAUGCUGAUUUGGAUGGAGGCAAUGGGUUUGGAUCGUAUUCUGACUUUUUCAGUGAGCUGGGAGAUCAGUCUGGGGAUUUUCUGGGGAACGUGUGUGAUAAUUUAAGUAGUGAGGUGAAACCUGGUAAUGAAGUUCAAAAUGAUGGCUUAAAUGCCUCUGGUAAUUAUGUGCAAUAUCAAGAGGGUCAAGGUUAUGAUGCAUCUUUAGAAAGCCACACGAACAGGCAAGGUGAUGGCUUAAAUACUUCAGUUAAUCAUGUACAAUAUGAAGAGGGUAAAGCUUAUGUUGCAUCUUCAGAAGAAAACACAAAUGGACAAGAUCUGAGUAGUAGUCAGUAUUGGGAGGAUGCUUAUCCUGGCUGGAAGUAUGAUUACAACACUGGGCAAUGGUAUAAAGUAGAUGACUAUGAUGUAACAGCCACUACUCAGCAAAGCUCUGAAGCCAAUACAGCAGGGGAUUGGACAGCCCCUUCUGAUGGGAAAACAGAGAUUUCUUACAUGCAACAAACUGCUCAAUCUUUUGCUGGAACCUUAGCCGAAACUGGCACAACUGAAAAUGUGUCUAGUUGGAGUCAGGUUUCACAAGGGAAUAAUGGGUAUCCAGAGCAUAUGGUGUUCGAUCCUCAGUAUCCUGGUUGGUAUUAUGACACAAUCGCCCAAGAAUGGCGUUCAUUGGAAACUUACAAUUCAACCAACCAGUCUUCUGUUCAUGUACUUGAAAAUGGGCAUGCUUCUACCAGUACUUUCUUAUCUAAUGGUAAUAGUUUGUAUAAUGAGUAUAGCCAAGCUGAUAAUUAUGGACCACCGGCUGUUGAUGGUCAGGCUAUAGAUGGCAGCUGGGGUGGUUUGUAUAGUGCUAAUCCUCAGCAGGGUUUUGACAUGUACACAACUGGUACUGCUACUAAAAGAGGGGAUAAUAUAACCUCUGCUGGUAACCAACAAGUUAAUCAUUCUUUCAGUUCAAGUUUUUCUGUGAACAAAGAUCUACAAAAUUCUUAUACUUCCUUUGGAUCAGUUGCUUACAAUGAAGUAAACCAUCAUCAUGGUUUGGCUAAUGGAACUUUUGAACCACAGAGCUUUGGCCCUAGUGGUGACAUUGUUCAACAGUUUAAUUAUUCAAACACAAAGAUCAGUGAACAAAAUUUUUUUUCAAAUGAUUUUACUGAAAAUCAAAAGCCCUUUAGUUAUUCUCCACAAACAAUCCAGGGUGGGGAUCAGUAUUCACAUGCCCCUCAUGUUGGGAGAUCAUCAGCUGGACGCCCUUCUCAUGCUCUGGUAACUUUUGGAUUUGGGGGGAAACUCAUCAUAAUGAAAGAUCCUAGUUUUUUGAGCUCAUCCUAUGGAAGCCAGGAUUCGGCACAAGGUUCUGUUUCUGUGUUGAACUUGAUAGAAGUUGUCACCGGAAAUAUGGAUUCUAUCAGCAUUGGAAAUGGUACCAGUGAAUAUUUCCGUGCUUUGAGCCAGCAAUCUUUCCCAGGUCCAUUGGUUGGUGGGAGUGUUGGAAGUAAGGAACUGUACAAAUGGUUAGAUGAGAGGAUUGCACACUGCGAAUCACCUGACAUGGAUUAUAAGAAAGGUGUUAGGUUGAGACUCCUUCUUUCCUUGCUUAAAAUAGCUUGUCAACAUUAUGGAAAGCUACGUUCUCCUUUUGGUACAGACACCAUACUAAAAGAAACUGAUACUCCCGAGUCGGCAGUUGCAAAGCUUUUUGCAUCUGCUAAGAUGAGUAGCACAGAGUUCCCUCAAUAUGGGAUGCCAAGUCAUUGUUUGCAAAGUUUGCCUUCUGAAGAACAAAUGAAGGCAAUGGCUCUUGAGGUUCAAAAUCUUCUUGUUUCUGGGAAAAAGAAGGAGGCUUUACAAUGUGCUCAAGAAGGACAAUUGUGGGGACCUGCACUUGUUCUUGCUUCACAACUUGGCGAUCAGUUCUAUGUUGAUACAGUGAAGCAAAUGGCACUUCGCCAGCUUGUUGCUGGGUCACCUUUGCGCACAUUAUGUCUUCUAAUUGCUGGGCAACCAGCUGAAGUAUUCUCUACUGAUACCUCAUUUAGUGGGCAUCCUGGUGCUUAUAUGGCUCAACAGUCUUCACAGGUUGGAUCUAAUGGUAUGCUUGAUGAUUGGGAGGAAAAUCUGGCUGUAAUAACUGCAAACAGGACCAAAGGAGAUGAACUUGUAAUUAUUCACCUAGGUGAUUGCUUGUGGAAGGAAAGAAGUGAGAUUACUGCCGCACACAUCUGCUAUUUAGUUGCUGAAGCAAACUUUGAGUUAUACUCAGAUAGUGCAAGAAUCUGUCUUAUAGGAGCAGAUCACUGGAAAUGUCCUCGAACUUAUGCUAGUCCAGAGGCUAUCCAGCGGACUGAGUUAUAUGAAUAUUCAAAGGUGGUUGGAAACUCUCAGUUUACAUUGCAUCCAUUUCAGCCUUAUAAGCUUAUAUAUGCAUAUAUGCUAGCUGAAGUGGGGAAGGUUUCAGAUUCAUUGAAGUAUUGCCAAGCACUACUGAAAUCCUUGAAAACUGGUCGUGCUCCAGAAGUAGAAACAUGGAAACAAUUAGCAUUAUCUCUUGAGGAGAGGAUUAGAACUCACCAACAGGGUGGAUAUGCUGCAAAUUUGGCUCCUGCAAAAUUAGUUGGCAAAUUGCUCAACUUUUUUGAUAGCACUGCACAUCGAGUUGUUGGUGGUUUACCACCACCUGCUCCAUCGUCAUCGCAAGGAACUUUUCAUGGUAGUGAACAACAUUACCAACACAUGGCACCCAGAGUAUCCUCUAGCCAAUCAACAAUGGCCAUGUCAUCAUUAGUUCCAUCUGCUUCAAUGGAACCCAUAAGUGAGUGGACAGCUGACAAUAAUAGAAUGCCUAAGCCUAAUAGAAGUGUUUCUGAGCCAGAUAUUGGCAGAACCCCAAGACAGGAAACAACGUCACCUGAUUCACAAGGAAAAACACAGGCAUCUGGGGCUACAUCUCGCUUUUCCCGCUUUGGGUUUGGCUCGCAACUUUUGCAAAAGACAGUAGGGCUUGUCUUGAAACCUCGCUCUGGUCGACAGGCUAAGUUGGGGGACAAAAACAAGUUCUAUUAUGAUGAGAAGCUGAAGACAUGGGUGGAAGAAGGUGCUGAACUUCCAGCUGAAGAAGCUGCACUGCCACCACCUCCAACAACUGCUGCUUUCCAGAAUGGUUCAACCGAAUACAACUUGAGAUCUGCAUUGAAGACUGAAAGUUCACCUCCUAUUGAGGGUUCUAACAUAAGAACUUCUAGUCCUGAACUUAGUCCAGGGAUGCCACCAAUGCCACCCACUACAAAUCAAUUUUCUGCUCGGGGUCGUUUGGGUGUUCGGUCAAGGUAUGUUGACACCUUCAACCAAGGUGGUGGAACCUCUGCAAACUUGUUUCAAUCCCCAUCUGUUCCAUCUGUUAAACCAGCUCUUGCUGCCAAUGCGAAAUUUUUCAUUCCUACUCCUGUACCAGCAUCUAAUGAGCAGACAAUGGAGGCUAUAGCAGAAAGCAACCAUGAAGAUAGUGUAAUAAAUGAAGAUCCUUCAACAUCUGUCACAAAAGAGUGGUCAUACCAAUCUCCCAAUCAUGAAUCAUCAAUGCCCAUUCAAAGGUUCCCAAGUAUGGGUAACAUCUCAAAACAGAGAGCAACCGAAGGAAGUAACUCUGAUUUUGCUCAUGCACGCCGAGCAGCUUCAUGGAGUGGGAGUUUAAAUGAUUCAUUUACCCCUCCAAAAAUAGGUGAUAUUAUGCCUUUAGGAGGGGGAGCUUCGGGCAUGCCACCGUCAAGAUUCAUGCCCAAUGAAUCUUUAAUGCAUACACCUGUGAAAAGUGGCAGUUUUGGAGAAGAUCUUCAAGAGGUUGAACUUUGAGCAGAUGUUCAAACUGUAAAUAUCAAAUUUUGUUUUUGAUCAUCAGAAUAGUUGGGACGUCCCUGCUUCUGCAGCAUUUGUCUGGAACAGUGGUACACGUGAGAUGGGGUUUACACAGAAAUAGAUAUCUAUCCCUUCUCUUUAAGUCCCCAAAUCCCAACUUGGUGAUGUAUUAUUAAAUGUGGUCGGCUCACUUGACACUGGACACCAUCUCAGGAUUAUGGAACUGGUGUGGUACAACAAAGAAACAAAUAGGACCACCUGCUUAGGUGAGUAGUACAACUCAUUUGUUCAUUUUAUUAAACAAGGAAUCGUCCGUGAGGAAAGAUGGCCUCAAUAGAUCAAGGACAAAAGAAUAGCUUAUGGAAUUGUGAAAUAUAAUUUUGUUCCUUUUUGUAUUUGUUUUAGUUAUCAGUCAUUAAAUGAUACUACUAAAUUUCUGAAUCCUCAGCCUUAAUUGGAAGCGUUUUUAUUACUUUGAUGACGA